UCAAUGGCUACGGAUCGGGUAAACCAUACGUUGGAGGACGCCGCUAAUCUUUCAAGUCCACAAGUCGUAGAAGGCCAGGAACAGGCCAGCGGCUCGAAUGGCUUGAAUGGCUCGAAUAUAAACGAAGAAAGGCCUCGAUUUCAGGCUACCUCUAUGGUGAUCGAAUGGAAUGGCGAAUCGAUUUCUGAAGUAAGAAAUGGAACAGGUCAUUUUGAGCCCGUUAGCAUGACCUUUAAACUGGAUGAUCAAGGAAAUAUAGAGAUCCCCUCAGAUGUUUCGUUGCCAGAAUGGAUAACGGUUAAAGAUCAGCAUCGGAAACUGGAGCCUCCCCUGGUCUACAUAUUUAACCAUGAGAUCAUAAAAAAUCAUGCAGAUCGAACCGGAAGCGCAAAGGAUGUCGAAAAUCUACAAAAUACUUUUAAUAGACUAAAGUGUCGGGUGGAGGUAGUGGAGAACCCCAAAAAGAUUGAUGUCACAGAAACAAUUAAGAAAUUAGAAAACACAAAUUUCGAUCACCUGUCUGCAUUGGUCGUAAUCAUUCUAAGCCAUGGCGGAGGGAACGAAAUUAUCGUAGCCUGCGAUGAUGAAAAGUAUCACUUGGACAAUGACGUGCUUGAUCCGAUCUGCAAAAUCAGGAGCCUGCGAGGCAAGCCUAAAAUCCUUAUAGUCCAGGCCUGUAAGGGCGGACUGGAGGCGGAUGCUAAACCGGAGGAAUAUGGCCACUACCUCAAGUGUUACAGCACCUCUGAGGGCUACAAGGCCUAUCGUGACUCAGUGUAUGGAAGUAUUUAUAUACAAGUGCUAUGCAAGAUCAUGGAUCAAGAUGCGCUUAGAAAGGAUUUCCGUGAGAUUAUCAAAGAUGUCAACGAAAAGACCGUAGUUGAGUCUAUAAGGCUGCAACACAAGCAAGUACCAAGCACAGAGGGGAUACUGCAGCCCUUUUGUUUUGGAGAUUAUGUGGAUUAAAAAAAGGAACAAAGAAUAAAAUAUUUGAUUGUAA